UCAUGGAUCUAUGUAUGUAUGUAUGUAUGUAAUGACAACGUCAAAACCGUCAAAAACCUACGUUAGCAAAUGUCAACUAGAGUGAAUUGGAGGGGAUGGUUUACACGUAACCUACAGAUGGCAAAGAACUGAUGUGUUUGGUGCCAUCUAUUGAUUAAAGGUGGAACCUAAAAGACCUAAAAGUUGAAAUACCAGCCGCACGAAGUGCAUAAAACCAAUAACAUGAGUCAACAGAAUAACUCACAGAAUUCUGAGGAGCCACAACCGCCACAACGUUCAGGGUGGGAAGCUUUGAAACAACAUGUAAUUGACCAUAAAGUUGAAGUAGCAAUAUGGGCUACAAGAGUGUUCACAGUUCUUUUCACGUUUGGAUAUUUCAUCCCUCUUUUUGGAUACCCAUACAAUGCAUAUUACAAGGCACUUAUGUCGAAUGCAGCUUCAAGUGCAUUGCGUCUGCAUCAGCGUGUUCCACGAGUGACACUUAGUCGAGAGUUUUUGUCACUUUUGCUUCUUGAAGACAGUUGCCAUUAUCUCUUUUACUCUCUUAUCUUCCUUUCUGUAACACCUGUUACAUUGGUCUUGUUACCUGUAUUCAUGUUUGCACUCCUUCAUUCUGCAAGCUACUCCCUAACACUGUUGGACACACUUGGCCAGAAUUCAUGGUGGGGAGCCAGACUGUUGAUAUCAUUGGUUGAAUUUCAGUCGCGCAAUAUUCUGCGACUUGUGGCUUUCACCGAAAUAUUUCUCUUGCCCUUCACAAUUGUGCUGAUAUUCCUGGGAAGAGCAGGUUUGUUGACUCCGUUCAUCUACUAUCAUUUCUUAACACUGCGAUAUUCUUCUCGACGCAAUCCAUAUAAUCGGAUGAUGUUCCAUGAGCUGCGUCUACUCUUAGAAAGUACUGCCAGCAAACCUGGAACACCUUCACUUUUACGGAAUAUCCUGCUCUCAGCUGUUGCCUUUACAUCGAGACUUGCACCACCAUCACCCCAGGCUCAAUAGUAUAUCAUGGCAUGAUAAAAGACUACAAUUAAACAAAGUAAAUUUUGGUGGAGGCCUUCAUGAGUCAUGCCGAUAUCCUUGGUAAUACAAAUUGGCAAAUAGAUAUUUCAGAUUACACUGCUACAAUGUUUUGUAUAUACCUUGAAUGGCUGAUCAUAGGCAGUGGCACAAAAUACACAACAGUUUUUUUGUUUUUUUUUUUUUU